AGGUUGAAUCUGUUGCCCCUAUUUCCUGUCACAUGGGCUGGAAAUAGGAUCCCUGCUUUCUACUAUCUGUUCCCGUCUUGGUGGUGUCAGUGUAGUAGUGGCUGUAGGACCUGCCUUGAAGUUCAGGGACUUUUAACGCCGGCCAAAGAGCGACUCCCGCACAGACCCGGACCGUCAGUCAGUCAGUCCACCAGCAGCUCCGCCGCUCUGCGCAUCCGUCGGUCUGGCUGCGCUUCACCUGAGAGCCAGUUCAGACUCUUUAACCACACCAUGUAUUCCUGGACAGCCGCAUCUGCCCUUCUUCUUCUCGCCGGGGUUACUUCUUCAGCGGCGUUAAGUGUUUUCGACACCGAGUGUUAUACUGCCAACGGAGAGGACUACAGGGGUUUCCAAAACCAGACCAGCCUGCAUGGUGGUAAACCCUGCCUCUUCUGGAAUGAGACCUUCCAGCACCCUUACAACACCCUCAAAUACCCCAAUGGAGAGGGAGGUUUGGGCAGCCACAACUACUGCAGGAAUCCUGAUGGAGACGUUCAGCCGUGGUGCUACAUUGCAGAUCAUGAAGACGGGAUCUACUGGAGAUACUGCGACAUCCCUACAUGCCAGAUGCCUGGGAACUUGGGAUGCUUCAAAGACAGCGGUGACCCGCCCACUCUGUCCGGCACCAGCGAGACCUCCAACAAACUCACCAUCCAGAACUGUAUUAGCUUCUGCAGGAAGCAGAGAUACAAGCUCGCUGGCAUGGAGUCAGGAUAUGCCUGUUUCUGUGGAAACGAAGUGGAGCAACAUGACCAAGGCGAGUCGCCUAGCAUGGAGUGUAACCAUGUUUGCUUCGGCGACCACACCCAGCCCUGCGGUGGAGACGGCUGGGUCAUCAUCUUUGACACCCGAGUUGGGGCCUGUGGUGGAAACUACUCCUCUCCAUCAGACGUGAUCUACUCCCCAGAUUUCCCCGACAAGUACGGGGCUGGCCGUGUUUGUUACUGGACUGUCCAGGUCCCCGGAUCCUACGCCAUCCUCUUCAACUUCACCUUCUUUGAGAUCUCCGACCAGACAGACAUGGUGGAGCUACUGGAUGGUUACACCAACCAGGUGGUGGCACGUUUUGAUUGGCGCAGCCCGCCGAGGGAGCUGGUGAACGUCACAGGCGACUUCGUCAUACUGUACUUCUACUCAGACCGCACCAACCAGGCCCACGGAUUCGCUCUGCUCUACCAAGCACUGAGAAGCCAAGACACCAGCACUAUGAAGGCUGAAGAAGACGAGGAGGAUGAAGGAGACGACGUCUCCAGCACGGCGGGGCCUCAGCUCGCUGGCGGCGUCACCGAGAGAUCCAACAGCACCACUAACGGUCGUUCCCAAAUCCUCUACGUGAUCACGUCCAGCCCCGGUAAACCGGAGCACAACAUGCCAGGUCAGUGGGCUGGACGAGGCGACACCACCGGCCACAGCGCUAUGUGGACCAUUUACGCUCUGGCCGCUCUCCUCAUUCUGACAGUCAUAGCCAUGGUGGCGAAGCUGCUGCUGCACAUCACGGUCAAGUCUCCGAACAUCCCGACGGUGAGCGGUUCAGACAGCUGCAGCCAGAGCACGGCGUCCUCUGAGCCCUGGAUCAUCCUGUACCGACCCUCCACCAUCUCCCUCUUCAAGAAGAAGCUAAAGAACCACCACGGCGACCUCAGCCCCCUGGUGGGCAACUAGCGCCUCCGCUGCGCUCCACCGUUAACCAAACGCUACCGCCACCCACAACCACUCUGUACAAGGGAUGCCAGGCCCUCGGACAAUGAAACUAUACGAGGCGCUGCGCCAUGAAGCCAUCAGCUGACUGGCUAAUGACAACUGACUGAGUGACUGCUACUAAACGGCCCGUGAGCCAAAGUGGCCGGGCCCUCCCAGGGGAGCGGGACAGGCAGGGCUGUCAGCGACCUCAGUGUGGGAGAGGAGAGGAUGGAGGACGAUCGGCAGCUCUGAAAAAGAUAGGACGCUUUUAACAUGCGGAAGGCUUCUCUAGUUCAGCGAGGCUCCAUUUCUGUCACCCAUGGAUGUCCCUAGCAAUCAACGUACCUCCAAAAACCCUCCGGACUGCAGGCUCACCAGUGAAAACACAACACCUCCCGGUGCAGACUAACGGCUAACUUCACUGUCAGUGUUCAGUUUAGGAAACAGGGAUGUUCGUAUCUCCCUGGUGCUUCACAGUCACAGCCGAAUCUUCAUCAGUAUCAAGGAGAGGAUGAAGAAAUGGAGUCUUUAAAACACACUUAACAAGCUUAACAGUUUUGUAGAACUCUUUUAACUGCCUCAUGUGGCCAAAAACCAGAACCCUCCCAUCCAAAGAUUAUAUAUUUAUUUGUCUUUUUGAUUCCAUAUGCAAAGCGCUAAUGCGUCUUUCUGACGUGAUUUACGUGACAAGCUUUCUGAGGAGCGGGAACCAGGACGUGGAACCGUUACACAGAAGGUAGAUAUCACAGCACUUUGGGGAUGAAUCACUCGCCGUAAAAUGGAAAGAUCACAGAGAGAGAGAGAGAGAGAGAGAGAGAACGUGCGCUCGCCCACGCGUUCGCUCAUGUGGAUUUGGGUGGAGAGAUAAGUCGUUCACUUGGGGGGUUGGGUGGUGCAGUUUGCAGACAAACUGCCAUUUAGGGAGGCUUGGGAAGAUCUGAGAGCUUUUUCUGCUCGAUUGUGGGUGGGAGUCUUUCCGGUUUGAUGGUGUUCAAGUGCCUUAAGGAUCUCCUCUGCGUUUGUCUCAGAUGCAUCACAUCUGUUUCUUUCACGGGGUCCCUCGCAAGAGUCUGCACUUCUUCUUUAAAAUCAGCGUGGAUGUGAAGAUUUUCAUUCCAAAAUAGGUUUUCCACUACUUAAAUGUAAAGUUAAAAAAUGACGCCACAUCUUGUACAGUGAUUGAAAGCAUUACAUAUUCGUCUUUUUCGUACACUCAACUGAACCCCUCUCCUGACUGGAUCUAUUACAUUUUUAUUACAUGAUGGACAUGAUGAUUUUUUUUUUUUCUCUAAAGUGAACACAUAGCCUUUUGAGGUAGAACUCUUCAUGUAGUAACGGACAAGGCUUCAAAAGACAUUUUUUCUUUCUAAUUUCUUUGUGUGCUCUUAUGUGUAGUUUUGGACAUUUACUGAACAUAUUGUUCACAUUAAGUUGUCUUUUGAUUACAGGGGCGGGGGGAAUAUUGUUGUAUAUUAUGUAAUUCAGUGUGGGAAUGAUGAUAUUUAUGUCCACUCUUAUUUUGGUCUCAACAAAACAUUUGAGAGACCCGUCAAAGUACUUCCUCAUCAACUUAAAGGGUAACUUUGGUGUUUUUCAACCUGGACAUUUUCCGUUGUUUUUUUGUCUAAGUGACUAAUGAAGACA